AUGUCUCGACCUAGCGAUCCACAUGCCGAGUCAGUAGGCGAUCUUGAGGCCUACAAAGAGCAAUAUGAGCAGAAAUCUACCUGGAAAGGUAGGAUCUGGGAUACUUUUGAUCGACCUCCUCUCGAAAGGAAAUUGCUGUUCAAAGUUGACGCUGUCAUUUUGACCUUUGCAUCUCUUGGAUAUUUCAUCAAGAAUCUGGAUCAAACCAAUACAAACACUGCCUUCUUGUCCGGAAUGAAGGAAGACCUCAACAUGUAUGGUAACGAGCUUGUCACCUCGACUUCAAUCUGGACUGUUGGUUAUGUGAUUGGUCAAAUUCCGUCGAAUCUUCUCUUGACGCGAGUUGAACCUCGAUGGGUUAUUCCCGCUCUUGAACUCGGUUGGGGUCUUGCAACUCUUGGUUCAUAUGCUGUCAAGUCAUACAAAUCGUUAUAUGCUCUUCGAUUCCUUGUAGGGCUAUUUGAAUCUGGCUUCUAUCCUGGAAUACAUUACUUAUUAGGAAGUUGGUACACACCUGCUGAGAUUGGUAAACGAGCGAUGAUCUUCUGGCUCGCUGGAUCUUUAGGACAGAUGUUCUCUGGUUUCCUUCAAUCAGCAGCAUACAAUCAUCUAUCUGGAGUACAUGGAUUGGCAGGUUGGCGAUGGCUCUUUAUUAUCGAUGCUAUCAUAACGCUCCCCAUCGCAUUAUUUGGCUUCGUCUUCUUCCCACCUCUCCCUCUACAAGGUAAGAAGACAUGGUGGUUGAGUGAUGAAGAAUUCGAAUUGGCUCAGACUCGUCUGAAGCGAGUUGGCAGAGCAGGAAAGCAGCCAUGGACACGAGCUAAGCUCAAGGGACUUCUCCUCAGCUGGCAUACCUAUUUCCUUCCCAUACUUUAUGUAAUCUGGAACAAUCAAUGGCCCCAAUCAGCCAUGGGUUAUUGGUUGAAAUCUUUCAAUGUCAAGAAAAAUCCGCCAGUCCCGGGCAAAACCUUCUCCGUCAGUCAGAUUAAUGUUUUACCUCUGCCUCAAACAGCGAUUUUCAUUUUCGUGGCCCUUGCCUUCGCUUGGUUGUCCGACGGCUUAUUCAGAGGGCGACGUUGGCCAUUUGUAUACAUUGGAGCUGUAUAUUCCCUGAUUAUCGCCGCUGUGAUGAGAUCUUUCCCCCUUUACAGGAAUAUCAAGGCCACGCAGGCCAUGUACUAUAUCAGUCAAAUUGGACAAGGUGCCGGACCCCUCAUUUUGACUUUUAUCAAUGAGCUUUGCUCCAAUGAUACGGAGAAGAGAGCUCUUCUCGUUGCUGCCGCCAAUGACCUGGCUUAUGUGGUUCAAGCAGUGGCGCCGAACUUCGUCUGGAAAACCACUGAAUUUCCCCAAGCUAAGAAGGGUUGGACGUGGUCUUUGGCGUUAAACAUCGCUUUGAUCUUCUGGAUGACAGCCAUCCUUCUUCUUGUCCGACGUGACCAGCGCAAGGCAUUUAAUGAGGGUAUCAACAGUCCCGAAGAUAACGUCAGCGAGCAAUAUGACGUAAAGGCAUCGGACUCCGAUGAUGAAAGUCAAGAUAGGUCUCCGCAUCUGCCAGUACUUGAGCAGAGCCAGAACCACACUUUGCAUUAA